UACAUAUACAUUUAUAUAUAUACAUAUAAAUAUUAUGGCAUCAAUAAUAUUAAGUCGUAUUCUUCAAAAAAGAUACUUAAUCAUACCAAAUACAUAUAGUCUUAGUGUUAUCUCUAAACACAAUGCUUGGUAUUCAACGAAGAAAUCUUUAACUAACGUUGAAUCCAAUGAAACCGACAACAAGGUACAGAUUGGUACAGCAGAAGUAGUCAAAGAAAACCUGAAAUCUGCUGGACAAUUAGGAAUCAUAAUAAGUGGCAUUGGAAUUACGGCUCUCAUAUUGUAUACUUUAUUUUCUGAAUUAUUCUCCAGUGAAAGUGUGGAUGCUAUCUAUAGCAAAGCUCGAAUACGUUGCAUGGAACAUCCAAAACUUAUAGACUUGCUUGGAGCUCCUAUAAAGGCUUACGGGGAUGAAACAAAUCGUAGACGCAGGAGACGUAUCAGUCAUAUGUAUUACAUUAAGGAUGGUAUCGAAUAUAUGAAACUGAAGUUUUAUUUAGAAGGAACAAGAAGACGUGGAACAGCAUUUGCAGAAGUAAAGAAAAGGAAGGCUCGCAGCAUAUUGUGGCGUGUUCUCGCCACGGAAACGGAACUGAAUGAGUUACGAAAUUCGAAGAACAAAUUCUUAUGUGACAUGUUACGUGGACGCUAAAAAUAUGCAUUAUCCUUGCAUUAUCAUUUACUCGUGCCGUCACGAGUUUAUGUGCGUUUAACAGUGUAUAUGUAGACGUUAUCAGACGUCAAUAAUUAUUAAUUACAAUUAAUAUAUACAUAUGAUAUGACA